AUGAAGCCAGCAGAGAUCAGAUUCUCUCUACAGAGACCUCUACAGCACAGAGAUCCAGACAUGACACCUACAAUCACUGCAGCAAUGACCAACUCUCAGGAGCAUCUGACUCUGACCCACAAGCUCAGAAAACCUCUGGUGGAGAAGUUACGCAGAGAGCGAAUCAACAGCAGCAUUGAGAUGCUCAAGUCUCUCCUGGGUCCAGAGUUCCUCAAACAGCAGCCAGACUCUAAGCUGGAGAAAGCAGACAUCCUGGAGAUGACAGUUUGCUUCCUGACACAGCUGCAGCAGCAGAAUCAACAGCAGAGAAGACUGCUGAACCACGUCAACAAGCUGCAGUCUUCCUCUGAUAAGAACCUGAGAGAGGCUGACUUCUCUCUUCUGAGCUCCACAGUCCAGACCAGCAUCACCAAAGACAAGAGUCCAGUCAACAGCGCCCUCUGGAGGCCGUGGUAGACACCUGCAGACUGGAGUUUCUACCAGAUAAACUGAGAUGACCAUGUUGGUCAAAGAUCACUGGAAAUGAAUUCUAUGAAAUUUAAGGACUUGUUCUUCUGUAUGAACAGAAGGUUGUAUUUUGUGUUUUUUCUCUUUGUGUAAGACGACGUUUCCUAUGGAAAUGACAGCAACAAUAUCUUUCCUGUAAAGAAAGAGAUCAUUUUAUCAUGCGUGUUGCAUGAAUGAAACGUGAUUGCAUGAGCAAUUAUUACACCUCACUGUACUUCAUGUAUUGGUCGUAUAUAAUGCUAUGGUAACAUUUGUUAUCUUUUGAUUGGUAUUGAUCAUUGUGAUAAAGUAUGUAAAUGUCCUUUUUUAUGGACAUAUUGUCAUUAUGGACAUUACGUCACUUUAAUCUCUCUGAUUACUCAAAACUGAUCUGUUGUAAGAUCCAAAAGUUUAUAACUUUUUUCUAAUAGUUUUGUUAAAAUCACAAUUUUUGGUGAUAAUUAUU